AAGAAAGAUUCUGUAACUACUAAUAACGAAUCGAAAUUCAAAAUUAAUGAGGAUAAAUUGGAUACGAAUGUUUCGAUCGAUAUGGAGGCCCCAGAAUUCCGUGAAUUUGCCAAAUCAAUGGUCGAUUAUAUUGCUGAAUAUUUGGAAAACAUCAGAGAUCGCCGCGUCCUGGCCGAUGUAAAGCCUGGCUACUUGCGUCCCUUGAUUCCCGAUUCCGCUCCCGAGAAACCCGACUCCUGGCAGGAUGUUAUGAGUGACAUUGAAAGGGUUAUUAUGCCCGGUGUUACACAUUGGCAUAGUCCCAAAUUCCAUGCCUAUUUCCCCACCGCCAAUUCAUAUCCAGCCAUUGUGGCUGAUAUGUUGAGUGGUGCCAUUGCCUGUAUUGGUUUCUCAUGGAUUGCCAGUCCCGCCUGUACCGAAUUGGAGGUGGUCAUGAUGGAUUGGUUGGGCAAAAUGAUUGGUUUGCCCAAGGAAUUUUUGGCCUGUUCCGGCGGCAAGGGUGGCGGUGUUAUCCAGGGUACAGCCAGUGAGGCCACAUUGGUUGGUUUGUUGGGUGCCAAGGCUAAGAAGAUUCAGGAGGUUAAGAAGGAACAUCCCGAUUGGACUGAUGAUAUUAUUGUCUCCAAAUUGGUGGGCUAUAACUCAUCGCAGGCUCAUUCCUCGGUGGAGCGGGCAGGCCUAUUGGGUGGUGUUAAAAUGCAUUCUGUACCCUCGGAUGAAAAGAACAGUAUGCGUGGUGAGGCCUUGGAGGCUGCCAUUAAAAAAGAUUUGGAAGCCGGUUUGAUACCUUUCUAUGCCGUCGUCACCCUGGGCACCACCAACAGCUGUGCCUUUGAUCGCUUGGAUGAAUGCGGCGCCGUGGGCAACAAAUACAAUGUAUGGAUCCAUGUUGAUGCUGCCUAUGCUGGAUCGGCCUUCAUCUGCCCUGAAUAUCGCCAUUUGAUGAAGGGCAUUGAGACCGCGGACUCCUUCAAUUUCAAUCCCCACAAAUGGUUGUUGGUCAACUUCGAUUGCAGUGCCAUGUGGCUGAAAGAUCCCACCUGGUUGGUGGAUGCCUUCAAUGUGGACCCCUUGUAUUUGCGUCACGAUAUGCAAGGUUCCGCACCCGAUUACCGCCAUUGGCAAAUCCCCUUGGGUCGUCGUUUCCGUGCUUUGAAGCUAUGGUUUGUCUUGCGUCUGUAUGGUGUUGAAAAUCUCCAGGCCCACAUUAGACGCCACUGUAAAUUCGCCCAAGAAUUUGCUGCCCUCUGCCGGGCCGAUGAUCGUUUUGAAAUUGUCGGUGAUGUCAACAUGGGUUUGGUAUGCUUCCGCCUUAAGGGACCCAAUGAGUUAAGCGAAAAUCUCCUGAAAUUGAUUAAUGGUCGUGGCAAUAUCCAUAUGGUCCCAUCGAAGAUUCGUGAUGUAUAUUUCAUUCGUAUGGCUUUGUGUUCGCGUUUCACCAAAUCGGAAGAUAUGGUUUACUCGUGGAAUGAAGUCUGUGCCGCUGCCGAUGAAAUGUUGAAGAAAUAA